UAUUUCCGUUGGAAUAUUACCAGCAGGCUAUGAACAGAGAUUGUUAACUGUAGUCACUCCGUGGUUGCUCCCGUUUUGUAUGUAAUGCUGAAUGUUGACAUUCAACAUGGCGGCAUGUCGUCAGUGCUGUGCUGUGUCGUGCUUGUGUAAUUGUUAGUUUAGGACAUUUUUGAAACCAAGGCUCACUGUAAAUUUCACAAUUAAAUGCUGAAGAAAGAAACACUAAUAUAGAAAUAUCGGAACAACACAAUCACACUCAGCACGCAUUGAAGACAUCUGAGGAUUUUCAAGUCAACAUUUAUCCUUUAAAUCUCCUAUGUUUUUUGAUUUACUCCUUUUAUAAAGGAUGACUGUUGUUUAAAAAGAAACACGGUUAUUCUAGUGUAUGCUAAAUUGAGUAAAUAUCAAACGGUUGUUAUAACACUUGUGCAUACAUAUGUGGAAAGUAUCAAUGGUCUACGAUGUGCUAAGAAUUUUGUACUUGUAUUAAUUCGUAAAUCAACAUUAACUAUAUUGUUCAUUUGUAUAUUGUGUACACAAGCUUUGCGAGAAAGAGUUAGGUGAGCCAUAAAGUGACCGUGAUAGUGAUUGCGGCUGAGAUUGUGCUACUCUCGAUUAAUAAAACACGUGUAUUUGUAUCUAAAGAGUGCCAAUUUCGCACAGAGUUGCCCAGGUACUCGCCGAUAAAUAAUUUAUGUCAAACGUUAGAAUACGUUCGAAACCUUCCUUCCACUUCUUGGUCGCAAAGGAGUCUGCAUUUGCGCAGCAUUUUAAAGAGCCUCUCUUCCUCCGUAUUAAGUUCUUGUAACAUUAUAAUAGUGAACAAAGAUAUAAAGUACCAAGAACCGUUCUGUGAUAUCUAUGUUAACACUUAAAUAAUUGAAAAGACUAAAAAUUUCUAAAUAUAAGUAUAUAUAUAUUGUGGUGAAACGGAAGUGAACAUAAAAGAAAUUAAGUAAUUGUUUCAAGACAAAAGGAAAACUUAUACAUAAAGAUUACAUUUAAAAUUGUGCAAAUUCGAAACAAUGUCCAACAAUCCUCAGUGGAAAACGUUCCAGCCGCCAAUCAUGAACUCUGACCCUGCAAUACUUGAUUAUAAGUCUAUGGCUAUACCGAGUCCCAAAGCUAUAACGGGAUCGCAUAAAUCGGCAACUAAUAUCUACCGAAAUGGUACCAACUACAGUGGUGAUCAUUAUAUGACGGAUUCACCUUCUAGAAAUGGAAAAAACAGUAUACACUACGCAGGCUAUACCAAUACCCAAACAUCACGUAACGAAGUCACCAGAUUUCCCUUCGGAACGAUUACGGGAACGGAAGGAAAUGCUGGCUACACAGAGGAACCAGCAACGAAUAACUCCACUUAUCAGGAUCAGUCUUCAAACCAAGGAACUCGAGAAACUGGAAUAAUUGAAAAAUUAUUACACUCAUAUGGAUUUAUACAGUGCUGCGAAAGACAAGCAAGGUUGUUCUUUCAUUUCAGCCAAUUUAGUGGUAACAUAGAACACUUAAAAAUUGGAGAUCCAGUUGAAUUUGAAAUGACUUAUGAUCGGCGAACAGGGAAACCUAUUGCUAGUACAGUUAGCAAGAUUUCUCCGGAAGGGGUGCUAAGCGAUGAACGAGUUACUGGAAAUGUAACAACAGAGUUACAUGCAAGCGGUGACUCUCAAGGACGCAUCAGUUACGAGAAUCGGGGAGAAUGUUUUUUUCUGCCAUAUACAAAAGAUGAUGUUGAAGGAAAUGUCACUUUGCGUACUGGCGAUAGAGUAUCAUUUCAAAUUGCUACCAAUCAACGCGGAAAUUUGGGUGCGUGUCAUGUAAGAUUAGAAAAUCCAGCGCAUCCGGUUCGCUAUCGUGGAGUGGUAUGCUCAAUGAAAGAAAAUUUCGGUUUCAUUGAACGUGCUGACGUAGUUAAAGAGAUUUUCUUCCACUUUAGCGAAGCUAAAUCUAUGAAAGAGGAACUUAGACUAGGAGAUGAUGUUGAAUUUAUAAUACAAACCCGAAAUGGAAAAGAGGUAGCUUGUAACAUUACUAAGUUACCGCCUGGUUCAAUCGUUUUUGAAGAAGUCAGCAACGAAGUAGUAAAAGGACAAGUAUUAAAGCCUCUGGAAAGAGGAAUUUCAGCUCGUCAUCAAAAUGACCCAUUACCUGGAAGAAUUCGUUACAGAGAUACAGAUCAUUCUGAAGUAGAAAUUCCUUUUGGCGACAAAGAUCAAAAGGGAGAUUUUACUCUCAGGCACGGGGAUUGGGUCCAAUUUCGUAUUGCUACAGAUACUAGAGAUCAGCUCAAGAGAGCUACUGAAAUUUUAUUGUUACCUGAAUCUUUUACUGUGUCUGGUGAAAGACGAGAACAAGGCAUUAUUGCUGCACUCAAAGAUGGAUUUGGUUUUAUUCGUUGCGUUGAUCGUGACGCGCGUCUUUUCUUUCAUUUCAACGAGGUUCUCGAUGUUGACAGAGAAAUUAGUGUCGGGGAUGAAGUUGAAUUCACCGUAAUUCAAGAUCCUUCCUCGUCAUUUUCAAAUAAUCGACAAAGUGCAAUUAGGUUGAAACACUUGCCAGCCGGUACAGUUCAAUUCGAAACAAUUAUAGAAAAAGAUUUAUUGGGUACUAUAAUUCAGGGUUUGAAUGGUAUCGAACCUGGUCUCAUUGGAUACAUGCAAGAGAAUCAACAAAAGAGCGUCAUUUACUUUAGUAAAGAUUGCGAUCCCAAAAAUGUUCCAAGAUUAGGUGACCUGGUUCAAUUUAGUAUCUGUCAAGUAAAACGAAAUAAAGAACUUGUUGCUGUCGACAUAUCUCUAGUGAAUUCUUCUGGUGAAAAAACUCAGAAUGGAAACAAAAAAUUGAAUGGUCAAGUUUGCCAAGGCUUCAUUGCUGCUCUCAAAGAUGCAUUUGGUUUUAUUGAGACUGUAAAUCACGAUAAAGAAAUAUUUUUUCACUUCAGCAAUUUUGAAGGAGACGUUAGUGCUUUGGAAGUAGGAGCUGAUAUUGAGUGUACGAUCAGUUCUGGAAAUGGUAGAGGUAAUGGUGGUUGCGUAGCCGCGGAUUAUGUUAAAUUGGUACCUCGUGGAAGCAUUCCUAGGCCAACACCAGUUAGCGAAGUGCUUGAUGGAACAGUCAUAAGACCCUUAAGAAGUGCAAAUCCUGACCAGGCAGAGUAUGCUGGUUUGAUUAAGAUAAAUGCUACUACCGAAGAUGAAGAAACUCCGGAAUACGAGUUCAGAAUUAUGGGCCUCGUCAAUAAACGCGAGUUGUUACAGGCUGGCGAUCCUGUACAAUUACAGGUGGAUUCAGCAGGCCAUGCUUGUAAUAUUGUAGCGGUUAGAAAAAAGAGAAGAGCAACAGUGGAUGCCGUUAAAGGCCUUUUUGGUUUCCUUGCUUAUGAAGUUGACGAGGGUAAGAAAUUAUUCUUCCACAUGAGCGAAGUUCGAGAUCAUGCAAUACUUCAACCAGGAGAUCAAGUUGAAUUCGUUUUGAUCACGAAUCAACGUACUGGUAAAUCAUCUGCAUGCAAUGUAACAAGACUCAGCGAUGCAGUUCAACAACGACCCGAGCGCUUAAUCAGUCGGUUACGUACUACGUCUGUGGAAGAUACAGGUCCUAAAUUAACAGUAGUUAGACAACCAAAAGGGCCAGACGGCACGCGCGGAUUUAGUCAGGAAAGAUCCCAGCAUACCCCUGGUGCCAUCCAAGAGUAAUGUCGUAUCGAAACGGUUACUGCUUAUCCAAAUUGUAAUCUACAUUACUUGUUUUUAGUCCAUACACUUCGGUACCGAGAUUAUUAUUAUUAUAAGCAUGAUCGUAAAACAUUUGCCAAAUUGAGACUAAUGUGACAACAAUAAUAAUAUUGAUAAUAAUCAAUCAAUUGGAUUAUAAUCUUGUUGAGAAAAAGAAGAAUAUAAAGCAAACAACGAGUCAUUUUAUCAUCUUAUGGAAUAUAAAAUUAAUUAAGAAGGCAGCUUGUCUAAAGUAAUGACUUUGUGUAAAAGAAAAAAUAUGCUGGAAACCUCGUUUCUUUUGCAAACCAACGUACGAGAAACCUUUUAAUUAUUGUGAAAUAUUGAAACUUUUAAAUACUAUACUUUUACAAUGAAGGUUUAGAAUUUUACAAUUUAGUUCGUUAUAAAUACGAUUUAUAGAUUGGAAAAUGAUUUAAUAUUGACCCAUUGACAUCCUGCCUGUUUGUAAUGUUCAAAGAUAAUGUCCCGUCUCUGUCUUUAUAAAAAUAUACGUACAUGUUGAUACAAUCUUUAUUUAUAUUAUUUUCUUUAGAGUAUUUGUUUUACCUAUUAUGUACACCACGAUGAAUUUAAAUGUACAAUAGACAAGAAUGAAGUCACAUGCGAAACGCAGCAUAUAUAUAUAUAUAAAAAAAUAUUGAUUGGCCGUAUAAUCAAAAAGGAAAGAAAAGAUACAUCCGCAUCACUCAAUGAAAUUUGUGAAUUUAAAUAAUUUUAUAGUAGAAAGAGCGGACAUGCGUUUUAUUACAUGAAUUAUUGUAACGUGUCACUCUGUUGAACAAAAAAUGUCUAUGAAUUUGUAAAAAAAAAGUUAACAACUGGCCAAUUGUUUGUCCUAGAUAAUAUAUAAUAUAUAAAUAUAUAUACAUGUCGUUAAGUUCCUGAUGCAGUCUCGUGUUGUAAAAUCAAACUAGUAUUACGGAUUCAGUCGAUAUAUAAUACAAAAAUUACAAAAAAGUACUUAUCCGAAGAGUAAAAGAAUUGCAUUUUAUAAGUUUUGUCAUCAGAAACAGCAAACGAGGUACACACGUGUCAUUAUGUAGGAAUAGGUGAAAGGAGUAAAUAAUAACAAAGUGCGUAACACAAGCACGAUACAAACUAUGCGUUUGUCUGACAACUCAUGGAUCCAACACAUCAUGUGCAUACAUAUUGUAAAAUUAUUGAUGAAUAAACAGUAAAAAUAUCAAAUGUAUCUUUUUCCUAUGAAUCUCGGAAUUUUUUAAAAACAAUUAUGUUUUGUUUAUAAAUAUUAUUUCUAGCAUUUGUCAUACGUCUGUGUCAAAAAUUUGCGACAGACGAGAAGAGUUACAAAUAGCGAUCAAUGGGAAUUUUACGAUAUAUACAAUAUACUUAUUAUGUAUGUACAAAGAUGUGAAAAUUCUCGCAAAACGUGUUUAUUUUUUUGUAUUUAACAUGCUGAGUGUAUUUGAUUUUGCAUAGAUGAUAUUAAAAAAAUAAACUUGUAAAUUAGAUUACAACGCAUUCAUAGGGGAACGAUCCUCGGAGGCGCAGCUGACUUAAUCCUGGGCAAACUGAAAAACGUAAUCAUUUCAUUACAAAACAAAAA